CCGAGGGGGCCGCCGCCGCGCGCGGGAGCGCGCCGUCGGCGGCGGAGACCCCGAGGGGGGCCGAGCUGUCCGAGGCGGCCUGGGCGCCCAUGGGCAACGAGCUGGUGGAACGGGCCGUCGCGCGCGCGGCGGACAUGGUGGAGGAGACGUCGAUGCCGCUCCUGGCGCAACUGGCGGCGGACCUGGGCCCGAGGUCGAGCACUCGCUCGAUGAGCUCCGAGAUGCCGAGGCUAGAGUCCGAGAUGGGUCUGGCGGCCCUGGGUGCAGUGCCGCUCGCAAGGUCUGCAACGAUCACAGUGGACUGGCCAGAGACCCCGCGGGAAGCUGAUGCAGAGGGCGAAACUACGGCGGCCAAGGCGUGCUGCGUGGAAGCGCUGGACGCUCUGGAGAGCAGCGGAGCCUCGGAGGCGCAGGCGGACUGUCUUCGGACCCUGGCCGCCGUGCCGCUGCAGAGGGCGCAGCCGCCGGCCGACGAGGCGGCGGCCAAGGCGUGCUGCCUGGAAGCGCUGGAGGCCCCCCUGGAGAGCAGCAAAGCCUCAGAGGCGCAGGCGGACUGCCUUCGGGCCCUGGCCGCCGUGCCGCUGCAGAGGGCGGAACCGCCGGUCGACGAGGCAGCAGCCAAGGCGUGCUGCCUGGAAGCGUUGGAGGCCCCCCUGGAGAGCAGCGGAGUCUCGGAGGCGCAGGCGGACUGUCUUCGGGCCCUAGCCUCCGUGCCGCUUCAGAGGGCGCAGGCGCCGAGCGCCACGAGGCCCUCCGUCGAGCGCGCGCACACGCUCGAGAUGCUGGAGACCCCGAGAGAGUUGUGGGAGCCCCUGGGCAACGAGCUGGUCACGGGGGUCCUCGCGCGCACGGUGGACGAGGCGCUUCAGUCGUCCUCCCCGCGCACUCACAUGGAUUCGCUACAGACGCCGAGGCUGGAGGACGCCGCGCCGUUGGACGCACAGCCUGCGCCGACAUCGCUCACGGGCACGAUGGUCUCGAGGCAGAGCCCGAUAUCGGUGGCCGAGGUGGUGCCCCUGGCGCUCCCAGACGCGGAUCUGGCUGCGGGAUCCCCCGUCGCAGACGCCAUCGAACCAGCCGACCUGCCGCGGCGAGAGGAGCCAGAGGGCGAAACUACGGCGGCCAAGGCGUGCUGCCUGGAAGCGAUUGUGGCCCUGGAGAGCAGCGGAGCCUCAGAGGCGCAGGCGGACUGUCUUCGAGCCAUGGCCGCCGUGCCGCUGCAGAGGGCGGAACCGCCAGGCGACGAGGCGGCGGCCAAGGCGUGCUGCCUGGAAGCGCUGGAGAGCCCCCUGGAAAGCAGCGGAGCCUCAGAGGCGCAGGCGGACUGUCUUCGGGCCCUGGGCGCCGUGCCCCUUCAGAGGGCGCAGGCACCGAGCGCCACGAGGCCCUCCGUCGAGCGCGCGCACACGCUCGAGAUGCUGGAGACCCCGAGAGAAUUGUGGGAGCCCCUGGGCAACGAGCUGGUCACGGGGGUCCUCGCGCGCACGGUGGACGAGGCGCUUCAGUCGUCCUCCCCGCGCACUCACAUGGAUUCGCUACAGACGCCGAGGCUGGAGGACGCCGUGCCGUUGGACGCACAGCCUGCGCCGACAUCGCUCACGGGCACGAUGGUCUCGAGGCAGAGUCCGAUAUCGGUGGCCGAGGUGGUGCCCCUGGCGCUCCCAGACGCGGAUCUGGCUGCGGGAUCCCCCGUCGCAGACGCCAUCGAACCAGCCGACCUGCCGCGGCGAGAGGAGCCAGAGGGCGAAACUACGGCGGCCAAGGCGUGCUGCCUGGAAGCGGUUGUGGCCCUGGAGAGCAGCGGAGCCUCAGAGGCGCAGGCGGACUGUCUUCGAGCCCUGGCCGCCGUGCCGCUGCAGAGGGCGGAACCGCCAGCCGACGCGGCGGCGGCCAAGGCGUGCUGCCUGGAAGCGCUGGAGAGCCUCCUGGAGAGCAGCGGAGUCUCGGAGGCGCAGGCGGACUGUCUUCGGGCCCUGGGCGCUGUGCCGCUGCAGAGGGCGGAUCCGCCGGCCGACGAGGCGGCGGCCAAGGCGUGCUGCUUGGAAGCGCUGGAGAGCCCCCUGGAGAGCACCGGAGCCUCGGAGGCGCAGGCGGACUGUCUUCGAGCCCUGGCCGCCGUGCCGCUGCAGAGGGCGGAAACGCCAGCCGACGAGGCGGCGGCCAAGGCGUGCUGCUUGGAAGCGCUGGAGAGCCCCAUGGAGAGCAGCGGAGCCUCAGAGGCGCAGGCGGACUGUCUUCGGGCCCUGGGCGCCGUGCCGCUUCAGAUGGCGCAGGCGCCGAGCGCCACGAGGCCCUCCGUCGAGCGCGCGCACACGCUCGAGAUGCUGGAGACCCCGAGAGAGUUGUGGGAGCCCCUCGGCAACGAGCUGGUCACGGGGGUCCUCGCGCGCACGGUGGACGAGGCGCUUCAGUCGUCCUCCCCGCGCACUCACAUGGAUUCGCUACAGACGCCGAGGCUGGAGGACGCCGCGCCGUUGGACGCACAGCCUGCGCCGACAUCGCUCACGGGCACGAUGGUCUCGAGGCAGAGUCCGAUAUCGGUGGCCGAGGUGGUGCCCCUGGCGCUCCCAGACGCGGAUCUGGCUGCGGGAUCCCCCGUCGCAGACGCCAUCGAACCAGCCGACCUGCCGCGGCGAGAGGAGCCAGAGGGUGAAACUACGGCGGCCAAGGCGUGCUGCCUGGAAGCGGUUGUGGCCCUGGAGAGCAGCGGAGCCUCAGAGGCGCAGGCGGACUGCCUUCGGGCCCUGAGCGCCGUGCCGCUGCAGAGGGCGGAACCGCCAGGCGACGAGGCGGCGGCCAAGGCGUGCUGCCUGGAAGCGCUGGAGAGCCCCCUGGAAAGCAGCGGAGCCUCAGAGGCGCAGGCGGACUGCCUUCGGGCCCUGGCCGCCGUGCCGCUGCAGAGGGCGGAACCGCCAGCCGACGAGGCGGCGGCCAAGGCGUGUUGCCUGGAAGCGCUGGAGAGCCCCAUGGAGAGCAGCGGAGCCUCAGAGGCGCAGGCGGACUGCCUUCGGGCCCUGGGCGCCGUGCCGCUUCAGAUGGCGCAGGCGCCGAGCGCCACGAGGCCCUCCGUCGAGCGCGCGCACACGCUCGAGAUGCUGGAGACCCCGAGAGAGUUGUGGGAGCCCCUCGGCAACGAGCUGGUCACGGGGGUCCUCGCGCGCACGGUGGACGAGGCGUUUCAGUCGUCCUCCCCGCGCACUCACAUGGAUUCGCUACAGACGCCGAGGCUGGAGGACGCCGCGCCGUUGGACGCACAGCCUGCGCCGACAUCGCUCACGGGCACGAUGGUCUCGAGGCAGAGCCCGAUAUCGGUGGCCGAGGUGGUGCCCCUGGCGCUCCCAGACGCGGAUCUGGCUGCGGGAUCCCCCGUCGCAGACGCCAUCGAACCAGCCGACCUGCCGCGGCGAGAGGAGCCAGAGGGUGAAACUACGGCGGCCAAGGCGUGCUGCCUGGAAGCGGUUGUGGCCCUGGAGAGCAGCGGAGCCUCAGAGGCGCAGGCGGACUGCCUUCGGGCCCUGAGCGCCGUGCCGCUGCAGAGGGCGGAACCGCCAGGCGACGAGGCGGCGGCCAAGGCGUGCUGCCUGGAAGCGCUGGAGAGCCCCCUGGAAAGCAGCGGAGCCUCAGAGGCGCAGGCGGACUGCCUUCGGGCCCUGGCCGCCGUGCCGCUGCAGAGGGCGGAAACACUUGCCGACGAGGCGGCGGCCAAGGCGUGCUGCCUGGAAGCGCUGGAGAGCCCCCUGGAAAGCAGCGGAGCCUCAGAGGCGCAGGCGGACUGCCUUCGGGCCCUGGCCACCGUGCAAGUCCCAGGGGCAGUGGUGGUCGCGGCCGACGAGGCGGCGGACCCGGCGGACUAUCCGACGCUGGUGCCUGCGUUGCUACCCGUCUCGCUGCCACCUCACGCGCCCACGUCGGACGCACUCUUAGAGACGCCCAGGCUGCAAGACGUGGCGCUGUUUGCACAAAUGCCUCCCACGGAAUCCUGUGCAAGCCCACGCACAGUCAGCGAAACCUCGUCCUGCUUCGGUCUGGGCGCGGAAUCCCUGGAGAUCGCCCUGGCGGCAGCGGUCCUGUCGUCGACCUCGAGGCCACAGAGCAGGCCCCACACGGCGAGCAGCCUGGACGCCAGCGGCCAGGUAGCCUCUACUACGCAGGAAGUCGCAGCUGCCGCUGCGAGCCUCAUCAGCACCGCCGCGCUGCAGACUGCCGCCAUGUCAAGGCCGGCGGCUUCCUCGGCGCCCGUGGUCAGCAGCAGCAAGACCGCGAAGGCCAUGGCGGCCAACGCCGAGAGCGCCACGCUGCGGGCCGACCUGCCGAAGCCAUCUCCCGUUGCGUCGGUGGUCAGCGCCAGCGAGACGGCAGAGGACGCGACGUCGCUGGCGCAUGAGCUUGCCAAGACAUCCGCGCUGCGGGCCACCGCCUCGCACGACAGACCUUCUCCUGUGGCGUCGCUGGGCAGCGCCGACGAGGCAGCCGUGGACACCGCCGCGCUGGCGCAUGAGCUUGCCGAGGCCACCGCCGCCGCCGCUGCGACGCUGGCACUGCAGGCCGCCGCUGCACACGACAGGCCCUCUCACUUGGCGUCGUCGGGCAGCGCUGACCAAGCAGCCGAAGAUCCGCAGGACGCCAACGCGCUGGCGGGCGAGCUGGCGAGGGCAUCCGCGCUGCGGGCCAGCAUGCCCUCCCCCGUGACGUCGGUGGGCAGCGCCGACCAGGAUCCCCAGAACACCGCGCUGGCGGGCGAGCUGACUGAGGCGACCGCGCUGCGGGCCACCGCCGUGCACCGCAGUCCCUCUCCCGUGGAGUCGGUCGGCAGCGCCGGCGAGGCAGCCGAGGACGUCGGCGCGCUGGCGGGCGAGCUGGCCCAGGACACCGCAAUGCGGGCGUCCCGCGUGCACAGCAGGCAUACCUCUGUCAUGACCCUGGGGGGCGGCAGCGUGUGCUCGACACCGCAUAACGCGAGAGAGUUGGCACUGAGGGUCUUCGAGCUCGCCAUGGAGGACACGCGCGACUUCGCGGUCGUCUCGGUGGCGAGCGGCAUCAGUUCGAGGGCUGCCUCCUCGGUGGGCGGCUUGGUGGCGCCGGCCCUCAAGGUCGCGCUGCCGGCCGAUACGCCAGACGCUGCUGCAGAUGACGAGGAUUCAGCGGCCAAGGCGCGCUGCGUGGGAGCGCUGGAGGCCAUGAAGGACAGCGGAGCCUCGGAGGCGCAGAUGGACUGCUUGAAGGCCCUCGCCGCCAUGCCGUCCCAGGGAGCCGGCAUCCCCGCGGCGGCGGUGGAAGCGGCGAUCGUGGCACCAGUCAGGGUGGUAGUCGCUGCUGCAGAUGAUGAAGAAGAAUCCUCGGCCAAGGCGCGCUGCGUGGAAGCGCUGGAGUCUGUGGAUAACAACAACGGAGCUUCGGAGGCGCAGGCAGACUGCCGGAAGGCCCUGGCCGCUGUGCCGCUCUCGUGGGCCGGCGCCCCCGUGACCACGGCGGAGGCGGCGGUCGUGGAGCCAGUCAGGACGCUGGACCCUGCUGCAGACGACGAGGAUUCGGCGGCCAAGGCGCGCUGCGUGGAGGCGCUGGGGGCUGCGAAGGAGGACAGCAGGGCCUCGGAGGCGCAGGCGACUUGCCUUCGGGCACUGGCCGCCGUGCCACUGCAGAGCUCGGGCGCCCCCGUGUCGCAGCGGGUGGAGCAGGCAGAGGUGCGGCAGCGCCGGUCGCUGGAGGCAGCACCGCUGUCCCAGCAGGAUGUCCGGUCGAGGGCGCCAGGAGCAUCUCCAGGCGACCUGGUCACGGAGCUGGUUCAGCAGAAGGUGCACCUCGGCGACCCGCGGUGCGGGGAGCCGCCCCUCGGCCCGCCGCUGCGGCCCCGCCUGCUCGACCGCGGCGCCGCCGCGGGCGACGCCAGGAUGCCCUGGCCCGCGGAGCACGCGGCCGGGCCCGAGCCGGCCGCCGCGUCCAGCGCCCCUCCGACGCCGCCGCAGACGCCAAAGGAGUGCCCGCGCCCGGCGCCGCCGCCGGAGCAGCACGCCGGGGCGGUGGCCGCGCUCGCCCGCCACUGCAGGGCGCCGCGGGCCCCGGGCGGCGCCCGCGGCGUGGGCGGCGUGCCCGGCGGCUCGGCGGCGGGCUGGGCCGGCCCGGAGGCCCCGAUGCUGGAGGCCGAGGUGCACCUCGGCGACCCGCGGUGCGGGGAGCCGCCCCUCGGCCCGCCGCUGCGGCCCCGCCUGCUCGACCGCGGCGCCGCCGCGGGCGACGCCAGGAUGCCCUGGCCCGCGGAGCACGCGGCCGGGCCCGAGCCGGCCGCCGCGUCCAGCGCCCCUCCGACGCCGCCGCAGACGCCAAAGGAGUGCCCGCGCCCGGCGCCGCCGCCGGAGCAGCACGCCGGGGCGGUGGCCGCGCUCGCCCGCCACUGCAGGGCGCCGCGGGCCCCGGGCGGCGCCCGCGGCGUGGGCGGCGUGCCCGGCGGCUCGGCGGCGGGCUGGGCCGGCCCGGAGGCCCCGAUGCUGGAGGCCGAGGUGCACCUCGGCGACCCGCGGUGCGGGGUCGGGCCGAUCGCUGACCAGAUCGCCAGCCAGCUCGCCCAGUUCGUCAGCGUCGGAGACAUGGGGGUGGCAGCCGUGGCCCCAAUGCGGCCCCAGCAGGCGCUGCCGCUGCCCCCUGAGGCGCCGCAGCAGCCACGCCAGGAAGGCGCAGCAGGACCCGCCCUGCCUGCCCAGCCCGCCGCCCUUGCGGCCUCCGCGCCAGGCGCGCAGCAAACCGCCCUCAACGACAUGGGCGCGGGCCAGCUGGACAGUGUGCUGCAGCAGGCAGGCGUGGCACCUGUGGAUGGCAGCGUUGCUGAUAAGUUGGCCGUUGCGCGCCGCAUCCGCAGCGCCACCGGGCCGCCGCCGCGACCGCCCCUGGGGCAUACGGCACCGCCGCCGGGGCCGCAGCAGGUGCUGGCGCUGCCGUGGCAGUCGUGGCUGCCGGAGCUACCCCAGCGGACUUCGGUUCCCGGGGCCGCGGCGCCGCCGGGGCCGCAGCAGGCGAUGGCGCUGCCGUGGCAGUCGCGGCUGCCGGAGCUACCCCAGCGGACUUCGGUUCCCGGGGCCGCGGCGCCCAGGCAGCUGGUGAAGAUGGCGCCGCAGGCCAAGGGCAACGUCACCUCGGCGAACGGCGACAACGCGGGCCCGCUCAAGAACCUGCUGACGGCCGAGUGUCCUGGGCGCGUGGUCGUCGCCCUCCAGGAGCACCACGCGGCGGCGGAGCGCAUCCCGCAGCUGGAGAGGGGCCUGGCUGACCUCGGCUGGCGGGGCUUCCUGGCGCCCGCCAUCACCACGGGGGCAGGCAGCACCACAGGAGGCGUCGGCAUCGUCGCGCGCAGCGACAUCGGCGUCAAAGCCGCCCCAGCGCCCGCUGCAGGGUGGCAGCGCGGGCUACAGGGUGCGCUCGAGCCGGGCCGCCUGGCCGCCGCCCACGUGAUGUGGGGGCCCGAGGGCGAUGCCAACGUCGGGUUGCUCCGCAGCGUCGCCCAGUACGUCGCCGAGCUGACGCAGCUGCGCUACGACUGGAUGGCCAUCGGCGACUGGAACAUGACUCCCGAGGAGCUACCCCAGCGAUGGGUAAGCCGACUUGGCGGCGUGAUCGUCGCGCCGUCCGAGCCCACCUGCUCCAAGACCUUGCCUGGCAGGAUCGCGUUCUGGCAGCGUAUUCCAGUGGCCCCCGCGCCGCUGCCGCCGGUACGUCCUGGCUGCCCGAGGCCGCCGCCAAUCAGUUUCCGGGCCGCGACCGAGGAGGCGAUCCUGUGCGCUGGCACGAACGCCGACUUGCAGGAGUGCUGGGACGCAGUGUUGCAGGGCAUCGAGUCGGAACUCCUCGACAGGUGGGACCUCGUGGACGGCGACGCCCGAGCGCGCUACGAAGGGCGAGCAGGGGAGCCGAUGACCAAGUGGGCGCGCUUGCGCUGGCAACCACCCCGAAGGCGGCUGCGGUCGACGCCCGAGCUGCUGGCAUGGACGUCCGUCGCCUCGUGGGCUAAGCACGUUCUGCGCGCGAAGGCGCACCUGCUCAAGCUGAUGCGGCACGCGGAGCAGCAGCCCAGGGCGGCCGUCCCUGGCCUGGCCAAGAACAUCGGCGCCUUCCUGUCCUUUCUCAACAGGAUCUUGCGAGCAGGCCACGUAUGGGCGUCUGUGCCCAAGGAGGUCCUCGACCUGUUCAGCCUGGGCCUUGAUCUGCUGCUGCUGCCCGACCUCGACCAGCGGAUGGGGCAGCUGGUGGUGCAGCACAGCGACCUCCAGACCAAGUUCAGGGGGGAAGUGGCCAAGAGGUGGAAAGGCUGGCUCGACGAGGCCUUUGCGAACGGGGCGACUGGCGCGCAUCGAGCUACGAGGCUGCAGGAACGGCUGGAGUUCAUUUCUGCACCCAACAGCGUCCAGCCCUUCGAGCUCGCGGACCAGGCGAUGGACGAGUGGGAGGACCUUUGGACCAGCCCUGGCGCGCCGUGGACCCAGCUCCCUGGCGAUGCUGCGAGCUGGGCACAGCUGCCCACAAUCGACGGGGCUGCCGUGCGGGAGGCGCUGCUGACGUUCAGCUGGCGCACGGCGGUAGCCGUGACGCGGCUAAGGGACAUCGCAGACCAGGUGACGCCCAGGGCCCUCAUGGACGAUCUCACCAUGCAGUGGGUGGGCGACGCGAUCGCAGGAGGCACGCUGCAGCUGCACCGCGCCGUUGCGGAGUUCAUCAAGGACGUGCGGCCGCUUGGCAUGCACAUCAAGAGGGCCAAGUCCGGCUGGCUUGGCACGACGACGGCGGUGCAGAAGGACUUCCGCGCGUCGGCGGCGGCGCCUCAGCUGCCCGAGAGGCGGAGUGUCCGGAACCUCGGGCACGACACGCACGGACGCGCCGCGUCCGUGCGUGUCGUCCGACGCGUCCGACGCGGAGUACGGCGCCCCGUCGCGCAGGCGAGGAUGGACAGCCUGGCGGCCAGGAAGCAGCGCAUCGACGCGCUGUUCCGCGGCGCUGGCGUGCGGGCGCAGGCACUGCGGCGCACAGGGCUGCUGCCUUCGGCGGCCCACGGCGCCGCAGUCGGAGGCAUCGCGGAUGCCCACCUCGGCGCGCCGAGGCAUCGAGCAGCGCUGCUGUGCAGCGGGCGCGGGGGCAUCGGAGCGGACUCCAUCGCGGUGCACCUGGCGACCCAGACAGACCAGUACAUGGACCCGAUGUACGAGGCGACUUUGGCGCCGGUCUGCCGCUACAGCGCGGCGGUAUGGGACGGCCACCUUGCCCUGUCGCGCCUCCAGCAGGCGUGGGCGGUGCUCCAACAACGGUGGCGCGAGUGCAAGCCGACCUGGCACGGGAUCCGCGGACCCGUCGCCGCCGCCUGGAUGAGCCUCCUGCGCAUCGACUGGAGCAUGCACUCGAGCUUGGUCCUCGUGGACGACGAAGGCCGAGCGGUGGAGCUCCUCAGGACCCACCCCAAGGAGGUGGCCGCGCUUCUGCGCGAAGGAGUGCGGCGUUGGCAGGGGCGCCAAAUCCUGCAGCACCAUCAGGAGGUCCCCCCGCCACCUGGCGCCAGGAUCUGGAUGCGAGCUGUUCGCCGCGCGCUGGCCCCCCCUGCGGCCAAGCUGCGCGGCGCGCGCGCAGGGCACCUGCGCAUGCUGUGGGCAGGAGCGUCUUGGGAUCUGGCCAAGAGGAAGGCGCUCCACUACGUGGCCAGUGCGAGGUGCCCGUUCUGCCCCGACCAGGAGGCCACGGGCACGCGAGGCCACUGGUUCUACGAGCGCCAGCGCGUCGCCGCCAUGGGUUCGGACGAGCAGGGCCCCAUGCACGAGAUGACCGAGCAGAUGGCCAAGACCAAGCAGCGGAUGAAAGACCGCUGCCACCUGGGCGUAGCCGACGCGGACUACGACAGGUUCGACCUCGUCGUCGGGAUCCCGAUGGUGCCGUGCGACGUGCCGGCGCCUUCGGCGGUGCGUGCGAUCCGCUAUUGGGGGGACUGGUCGUCCCCGAUCAACGGCAGGACGACGAUCACCUACUCCGACGGCUCGGGGUUCGACUCGGCGAUUCCCGAGAUCACCAGGCUCCUCAUCACGGACCUGGCGGGCCUGGCGAAGGAGGUGAAUGAUUGGGACGCCGAGCUCGCCGGCGCGGCGGGCCAGUACGCGGACAUCUGGCGCCAGAUCUUCGAUGCUGCGGCGGACCAGGGCGGCCUGCCCAGGCCUGCUGCGACGUGGUGCCCCGCGCACCUCGAGUUCGAGGAGUUCGUCCAGUGCGCCGACCUGGACCCCAUGGACUACCUCGGCAAUGCGUGGGCCGACUGGUUUGCCAAGGUGGGGGCGCUGGAGCGCAAGCUGCCCGACGCCUUGGCGGACCUGUUCAGGGCGCGCCUCGCGGACGCGCACGAGGAGGCCGCGGUGUUGGCGUGGCACCAGGCGGCCCUUGGCGCCCUCGCCGAGGACGCCCGCGCGCUGGUGCAGCGAGUGCACCGCCCGGCGGCGCCCGUGGCCCCCGCCGUGCUGGGCCACCGCCACCAGCUCCAGCGCGGCCCUGCAGGCUGGCGGUGCACGGAGUGCCUCGCGACCGCCACCACAGAGGCGGCGAGGCGGCGGCGGCUGGACUCGAGCUGCGAGCCGUCGGCCCUGCAGGGAAUGAUGGAUGCGAUCGCGAUCGCCAUGAGGGCGGCCGAUCGCGUCCUCGGCUCGGUGAUUGGCCAUCCUGGGCCCGUGGCCGCCAGAACCUGGAUUCCGGUGCGCCCUGCGGCCGACUUCGACGAGUUCGCAUCGGUCGGCUGGAGCGUGGUCGCCUUGCAGCCCGAUGCCGAUUGCUACCUGGCCUCCGUUGCUGGGCAGUUGUGCGGCGCCUACGUCGACAUCAACGGGGGCGAGCUCAUGGCGGUGAUCAUGGCGCUGCGGUUCAGCAUGGGCGUGGUCACGCUGGUGGUCGACUCGAAGUACGUGUACGACGGCUUCUACAAGGACGGUGGCCAGAGCGUGCCACCUAUGAGAGGUGAGGACUGGGGCUCUGAGGCGGCGGAGGGCGUCAGAGGCGGCGACGGCGCUGGAGGUGAGGACUGGUGCGCCGCUGGAGCAGCUGCAGAGGCGGCGGAGGCAGCGCGGCGGAGCUCCGUGGUCGCCUCGCUCCUGGCCGCCUACCGCCGCGGCUGUGACGCGGCGGGGCUGAGCGACGGCGCUGCUGCGCGUACGCCCCGCACUGGAGCAGCGCCACGCACAGAAGCCCAUAGCGGGUCCGUGCCGGCGGCCAAGGAGCUCAUCGCCGAUAUCAAGGAGACAGGCGGCCACCAGUGGAAUUUAGAGAACCAGGUCUACGUCGGCAACCUUUCUUACGACAUCGACUGGCGCGUACCGAACGACCACGUGGGGCAGGAGCAGCUGUUGUGUGCGGAGCUUCUUAUCGAGAGGUUGCUGCCCGGCUUCUUGCAACCCCCCCUCUCGUACUUCCCGACCGUAGUGGAGAAGUUCGAUUACUCUCUGCCGAAGUGCCUCUCCGACGUGACUGUCGGCGUCGCAGACGGCCCCGAGCACGUCUUCCCAGACCAGGACCUGAGCCACUCUCUUGCUCGCGACCAGUCUCGUUGA